AUGGGUCUGGACGAGAAUCCCGUCCCCUCCACAUUGCCCUACACCCUUCACGCAGUCUUCGAGCGCAAUGUUCUUGACCAACCCGACGCCCCGGCCGUCUGUGCCUGGGACGGCGACCUGAGUUAUCAGGAGUUAGACAGGAAGUCCUCGGCCCUCGCCCGCAUCCUCUUCCGUCGAGGAGUGCGGAGCGGGGCGCUCGUGGCGCUAUGUUUUGAUCCGUCGCGGUGGACGGCGGUUGCCAUGAUGGCCGUCUCCAAGGCUGGGGGGGUUUGGUUCUUUCUCGAGCCCAAGCAUCCCGUCAAUCGCUUGCAACAGAUGUGCCACACCGUAGAGGCAAGGAUCGUUCUAUGCAGCAGAUCACAGGCGAGCGUGGCACAUGAGUUGAGCGGCGAGCAGAUGAUGGCACCGCUCAUCAUCGAGGAGCCCGUAUUGCAAGAGGAUCCUGGUGCAAUGGAUCUCGAGCUCGUCAGCCCAAGUCGCCCCGCGUACGUGGCCUUCACCUCCGGCUCGACUGGCAAGCCCAAAGGCGCCCUCAUGACACAUCAGGCGGCGGUGGCGGGCGUCUUGCACAAUGCGAAACCCAUGCAGCUCGCCCGGACCUCUCGCGUUUUGCAAUUCGCCUCCUUCGCCUUUGAUAUCAGUUUCCUCGAACAUUUUUGGGCGCUGCUCCUCGGGGGGUGUCUCUGUAUCCCGUCCCCGCAGGACCGCCAGAACAACCUUGCCCACGCGGUUCAAGUCCUGCAGGUCAAUUGGACGUUCCUCACGCCGACCGUGGCACGUCUCCUGGAGCCCCCGCAGCUGUCAUCGCUGCAGACGCUCGUGCUGGGUGGUGAAGCUGUCACCCAAGCAGACCUCGAUAUGUGGCUGCCCUACGUGCAUUUAUCCGGACUCUAUGGGCCGGCGGAGUGCGCCGUGGGGCUGGCCGUCCAACCAGACUACAGCCGGGUUGAGUCGGCCGCCAAUAUCGGAUUUCCCUUCUCGGUCGCUUGCUGGGUCGUCAAUGAGGAGGAUUCGACGCAACUGGUCCCACGGGGGACGGUCGGGGAGUUGGUGGUGGAAGGACCCUCGAUCAGUGAGGGCUACAUCAACGCCCCCGAGCAGACCGCUAGGGCUUAUCUGACUAACCCUACCUGGAUGCCCGCCGCGCGUCACUCAACCAAAAAGCUGUAUCGCACUGGGGACUUGGUGCGUUAUUUGGAUGACGGCUCUUUGCUCUUUCUGGGCCGGAAGGACACUCAGGUCAAAAUCAAUGGGCAGCGCAUCGAGCUGGGGGAAAUUGAGUAUCACACUCGCGCGGUCCUCAGCAGGGACCACUUGCGCCCACCCCCGGUCGUGGCCGAAGCCAUGGCGGUAAACGGACGCCCUCUCGCAGUGAUUGCCUUCUAUCAAGUCGAAAGCUCCUGCCAGGACCCCGACCACGUGCAAGAAGACAUCUUCCUGCCACCCGAUCAGGGGUUCGUGGGACGGAAGACGAGCUAUCAGUCGCAGCUCCGGGAUCAUCUGCCCGAGUACAUGAUCCCCACCAGUUUCAUUCCGGUCCUUCGGAUGCCGUCCACCAUGUCGGGGAAAACUGACCGCAAGACGCUACGAGAGAAGUUUGCGCAGCUGUCCCGGGACCGCGUCAAGGCGUACUUUGUGGACGGAAAUGGGGGGAGCAGCAGCAGCGGCAGCGGCAUGAUAGAAAGAAUGCCGACCACGUCUCUAGAGAGGCGGAUGCAGAGGCUCUGGGCGGCCACGCUCAAGCUCGAUCUGGAGGAGGUCGGCCGGAAUGAUCCCUGGAUGUCACUCGGAGGCGAGUCCCUCGCAGCGAUGCGGUUGGUCGCUCAAGCGCGCAAGGAGGGUAUCACCGUCACUGUGCCCGACAUUUUCCGCCACAAAACCAUUGCAACCUUGUGUCAACAUGUGUCGGUCCGCUUAGACGCCGAGAUUAUUGAGAGCAUUCCGCCAUUCUCGCUGCUACCGUGCCAUGGAGGCUCGCCGAGGGUCGACGAGCUCCGAAAGUCCGCCGCCCAGCAAUGCGAGCUCACCCCCGAGGAAAUCGAAGACCUCUACCCAUUCACUGCAAUGCAAGAGGCAGUGGUCAUCCCACCGGCCACCCUAGGCGUCAACUACACCCUGCACCUCGACGUCAAGCUGCCCUCUGAGCUGGACCUAGAGCGCCUGAUGCGGGCCUGGGAUACGGUGGUGGCUGCCAACUCCAUCCUCCGCAUGCGCGUCGUGCGAUUACCAGCCGAUGAGAAGGAAACGAUGGUGCUCGCUCAGACCCGCCCAAAGGUCUCCAUGGAGCCUCUGUUUCCUGACCGAUUCGCUCCCGGAGUCGAUCUCUGGGGGCUGGGGAGGCCACUCGUCCGGGUGGGGGUUGCGCCAGGACGGCUGGUGAUGCUCAUCCAGCAUGCGCUCUACGAUGGUCAUUCGCUGGGACUGAUUUUCCGCGAUCUUGAACAGGCCUACCGGGGCCAGCCAGUGCCGGCUGUCUCCUUUAGCUCCUUUGUGCGCUGGUCGACCGAGUGGCAGGACGGCUCCCUGAAGCAACAGUAUUGGCGGGAGAAAUUUGUGGGCUUCGAUGGCCGCGUGUGUCCACCUCGCGUCGCUGACUCUGAAGUCAGCUGCAUCGAAAGCCGUCAUCUCUGGGGCUCGCUGAAUUUCAAGCUUGAUGACUUCACCGUCACCAGCAAGAUUCGGGUCGCGUUAGCGGUGGUCCUUUCAUGGCAUUUUGGUCUUUGUGACCUCGUGCUGGGGGGGAUCUAUGCCCGUCGUGGGGCCCCGAUCCCAGGCAUCAUGGAGGCUGCGGUGCCCACCUCUGCUAUUUUGCCCGAUCGAAUCCGCCUGGAUCCCACCCAGUCGCUCCGGGCCAAUAUCGACCAGGAUCACGAGAAUAUUCUAACCAUGAUGCCCUACGAGGGAACCCGGCCGAGUCAGAUUCGGGACCUGAGUGAGGCCACGCGGGCAGCCAGUCAGUUCCAGGCCAUUCUGGCGGUCCAGCAGGACAACUCCUCGCUCUAUCCAGAGAUCUUUCGAAACCAUGAGAUGGGUUAUUACGGCCCUGUCACUGCCCACAACCUCAUGAUGCAGUGCUUUUUGAACCCGCAGCGCUCAUCGGCCCGGGUCUCCCUGCGCCUCAGUGAGCCGACGAUGCAGCAGACCACUGACUGGGACCGCUUCCUGGGCCACUUCGAAGCCGUGGUGGAUGCGAUUCACCGAGAUCCGGAGAUAUCAUUGAACAUGCUGCGUCAGCAGCUGGGGGCGUAG